AUGCGGCAUCUCCCCGCCUUCCUGCAGACCCACCUAUGGACGUCCUUUGCCCAGGAGAACCACAACGUGAGCGGGUCCGGCCUCGGCCUGUCCAUCACCAAACGCAUCAUCACCAUGCUGGGAGGUACCAUUGACGUGCGGUCCACCGUCGACGCGGGCACCAUGGUGGUGAAGAUUCGGCAAAAGACGGAAGGUCGAACGGUGGGGCUCCUCCUUCGCACCAACCUCGGCGAUGCCGACAGCCUGCCGCAGGCGCAGGGCGUCGCGUUCGCUCACCAGUCGGUGAUUCGCUGCCUGGAAACCUGGUUCGGCCUGCGCGUGCUCGUCAACCCGCCGCCCGGCACGACGCUCGACUUCGCCAUAGUAGACGAGGAGCUGGUCAACACGGCAGAAGUCGGGCGAUCCCUGCCCUGCAUCAUCCUCACCGACGGCGCAUCCUCGCGCGAGAGCCGGCGGUCGCCGGGCGACCUGUCGCACUCGGCGUGGGUGAGGCGACCUGCCGCGCCGGGCCGGUUGGAGCGCGCCUUUACCGAAAUCAUUGAUAGCCAAAGCGGCCACGAACAGAAUUAUCGGGAAGACGACGGACCCGGCGGGCACAUUGAGUCCAUGAUGAAAGCCUACGAGGACUCGAAACGGCGCUCGAGCAUGUCGAGGACGAUUUCGCACACGGGCACGAUCGACUCCCAGAAUUCGGGCCAGGACGCCCCCAAGAGCGAUGGGUCGCCGUGGUCAGAAGCUGGCACUUCUCCCCACACGGCGCCCAGCACCGCCACCCCGGCCAUCAGCCCGCCCGAGCCCCCGAGCCCCCGAAUCCUCGUCGUCGACGACAACACCAUCAACCUCAAAGUGCUAUACAGGCUGCUAGCGAAGCUCAACGUGUCGUCCAAGCACAUCGUCAUGGCGUCCAACGGGCUCGAGGCCGUCGCCAAGUACGCGACCUCGAUCCAGCACGACAUCCUCGCCGAGAACGCCGAGCUCCGGGAGAUGGGCGCGCUGCCGCAGCCCAAGGCGUCCGCCGCCGCCGCUGCCGCCGCCGCCGCAGCGGGGCAGCAGCCCGUCCCCGUGCCCGUGCCCGUGCCGUUCGACAUCGUGCUCAUGGAUCUCAACAUGCCCGUCAUGGACGGCUUCGACGCGACGAGGGAGAUUCGCGCCCUGGAGCAGACCAAGCCGGCGCUGCGGCCGUGCAUGAUUGCGGCGCUGACGGGCCUGAUUGGGGCGCGGGAGCGGGAGAGGGCGUUUAAUGCGGGCGUGGACGUGUUUUGCACCAAGCCUUUUACGAGGGAGGAAAUACGUGUCUUGUUGAAGGAUUGGAGACGGCGUGUUAGUGAUGAUUUUGUGAUGAAUUAA